AUGGAAAUGGGUGAAGGACGCAUCGCCAAACGCCAGAAGCUGGUAAAUGGCACAUCCCGACCAUCGCAUUCCUCCGGAGCAUCCCGAGUGUUUGCGCCAUAUCGCACCGUUGGACUCGUCUCGCCGACCAAUGUUCCCUUCACUAGCACUCCUCUAGGCAAGACGACCUUUCAAUUGACGACGUCGGUGGGAAAAGCAUUGCAAACCUACGAUCUGCGUCGCGGGUUGAAUCUCGUCUUCAUCACACGCCCUCAGACGCCGGAAAUCAUCACUGCGAGUGCGGCAUGGAAGGACAAAUUGCUGGCGGCAUGGGGGAAUGAGGCAAAGGAUGGGAGCCAGGCCGCUCGAGGCGUGUGGGUGUUCAAACGGGGCAAGAAAGUGGGCGAAUUGGACUUUCCUGCUGCAUGUGAGGAGAAUGUGGUGGGAUUCUGUGUGUUUGGGUGUUGGAUCAUCGGCGUGUGCGCAUCACAGCUGGUGGUGUGGAAGAGCGGGGAUUAUUCGCUGUACACCAUCCUGAGAGGCGUCUCACCCGUCCACUUCACCCCGUGCGUUGCCAGUCUGCCCACCUUCYUCAACAAAAUCAUCGUGGGCAGACGGGAUGGAAGCGCGGAGAUUUGGAACGUGUCGAGCGGGAAGCUGGUCUACACCAUCCUGCCUCCCUCGACCGCAUACGGCGCGGUCACGGCCAUUCAGCCCACUCCCGCCCUUUCUCUCGUCGCCCUGGCGUUCGAAAAGGGCCCCUUGGUGAUCCACGACGUCAAGGCCGACCAGACCCUCAUCCACCUCAGCACUCCCGCCGGUGCUCCCAUUACUUCCAUCUCAUUCCGCACCGAUGGCCUCGGGGCGGGCGAUGACGGCCAGAUGGCUGGCGUCAUGGCCACCGCAUCCACCUCAUCGGGCGACAUUACUCUGUGGGAUCUGAACAAUGGUGGUCGCCGAUCUGCYGUCCUCCGUGCAGCACACGCCCAACCAUCAGCGGCAACUCCAGGAGGAACGAGCGGGAUGGAGUUCCUCUCGGGUCAGAGCAUUCUGGUCAGCAGCGGGCUGGAYAACAGUCUCAAAACGUGGAUCUUCGACGAAACUCCAUUCAAUCCCGUACCCCGCCGACUGCAUGAAAGGCGCGGGCAUGGUGCUCCCGUCACGAAACUACACUUUCUCCCCACAUCUUCCGACGGUUCUGAUGACACCGGCAAAUGGCUACUGUCUGGAAGCAAAGAUCGUAGUCUGUGGGGAUGGUCCCUCCGCCGAGAUGGUCAAAGCACCGAACUCAGUCAAGGUGCGGUGCAAUCCAAGGCGAAGAAGCAAGGUCUGCUAUCCGGMACUCGCGAUCCGUUUGAAGAUUUGAAAUGUCCCCCCAUCACGAGCUUGGCAUGCAGUCUGAACAGAGAUGGUGGAAUUGGCGCCAUUCCAGGCAAACACCCCAUCUGGCAGCAAGGCGCAAAAGUUAAGCAAGUCGGUGCUGAGGUCAGCGCUGCCACUGGCUGGGAGAGUGUGCUUACUGCUCAUGAGAAUGACAAGAAAGCGAGAACCUGGUUCUGGGGUCGAAAGCGUGCCGGACGAUGGGCAUUCGAGACGGGAGACGGGGGCAAUGUCUCUUCCAUCGCCAUGUCACCUUGUGGCACCUUUGGACUGGUUGGUUCRGAGAAUGGCGGUGUAGACAUGUUCAACAUGCAAUCUGGACUUCAUCGCCAACGCUUUCCCGCGAGGCUAACCCCUGUACAAGCGAAGCAGCUGAAAUUGGAUGCUGCCAAGCAUGGUCUGAUCGAAGAAGGCGAGGGAAAGAAGAAGUUCUAUCGCGGUCAAGGCAAGCACGCUGUUGCUGUCAUAGGUCUCGCAGUGGACGCCCUCAACCGGACUGUCGUCUCCGCAGGCGCCGACGGCAAGGUCAAGUUCUGGAGCUUCAAUUCUGGCCUUCUUCAAGACCAAAUCGACUGGUCUGCAUCCACUGGGAUCAUCAGCAUGCGCUUCCACCGCGGCUCAGACCUUGCAGCAUUCGCAUGUACAGAUGGCUGCAUCCGUGUCGUGGACAUUGCCACACAAAAGCUCAUCCGUGAGCUCUGGCCAGCACGCACUCCAAUCCCUCAACUUCAAGACCUUCAAUACUCGGACUUUGUAUUCUCUACAGACGGCCACUGGAUCGCAGCUUGCGCAGACCAAUUCGUCUUCCUCUGGGACCUACCCACGGGCCAUCUCGUAGACGCAUUCAAACUCCGCGCCACCUGUACAACCCUCGCCUUCUCCCCGACAGGCGAAUACCUCGCAACGGCAACCACAGACUCCUUUGGCGUAGACAUCUGGACAAACCGCAGUAUCUUCACCCAUGUACCAACCCGCCACAUCCCUGCCCCGGAACUCCUCACCAUCCUCUCCGCAACCUCCACUCAAGCACCUACAUCUUCUGGCGAAGGCGGCUUGAACCUCAUCGCUGCAAACGAAGAUAACUCGGAGACCGACGGAGACCUCGACCUCCCAGACGUCGACUCAGAUCUCGAACAACUCUCCUCCUCCUUAAUAACUCUCUCCCUAGUCCCUCGCUCCCGCUGGCAAAAUCUCCUCCACAUAGACCUCAUUCGCCAACGCAACAAACCCCUCGAAGCACCCAAGAAGCCCGAAAAGGCACCUUUCUUCCUCCCUUCCCUUCGAGWUGUGGAAAAGGGAUUGGUUGCCUCCACCCAACCCAGCACCUCAGACGACGCAACUGAUAUUGAAAAAGAACGUUCCCGCGUCUUGGCUCUCAGUCGACAAGGUCUCGUCUCGGAAUUCACCCGUCUGCUUCGUGCUCAACAAUUGGAAUCUUUCAUCGACCAUCUCAAAACAUUGUCUCCUGCUGCCGCGGAUAUUGAGAUUCGAUCUCUGAGUCAUGCGGGGGAGGAAAUGGGCAAUGGAGGGGAGUUUGAAGUUUUUGUCAGAGCGCUGAUCGAGAGGUUGCAGACGAGGAAGGAUUUCGAACUCGUGCAGGCUUGGAUGGGCGUGUUUCUGAAGGUGCAUGGAGAUGUUGUCAUUAAUGAUGGAGAAGUCAGAAAUGCGGUGCGGGAAUAUGCUACGGUGCUUGAGGAGGAGAGGAAGAGACUGGUCAUGCUUGUUGGUGGUGUGAGGGGUUUAGGGGGUUGGGUUGGUGCUGGGAGGGUAUGA